ACAUGGACUAGCGGGCAGUGUGUGGUGACUGUUUUUUUUUUUUUUUUUUCAUAGCAGACGAUGUGGUCGUUUGUUAUUUCAAGAACUGCUGGGCAGCUCUAGGUGCACACUUGAUGUCUUAAGAUCCGUUUGGAUUAAACUAUACCUUUAGCCAACGUGAUGUCUAAGUUUCCUCUGGAUUAAACUUUUCAAUUGGCUAGCAUGAGUUCUAAGGUCAUGAUAGAUUUUGGCGAACUCUUUGUUCUUACUCCACGGCAAAACAGCCCGCAAUGGAGUAACACCAUUUGUAAAGUCACAUACAUUUAGAGACACUUCAGGACAGCAGACUAAAACGUAUUUCCUGAGCCAGGUCAGUCUGAGCAUGUUUCUAGUUACCAUAGCUACCAUCGUGUACGUGUUAUCGAGGUGUGUGACAACACAUAACUACAGCGCAAUGAUACAUCCGAGUGAUACUUACGAAGAGAAACACGGUUCUUUGUAUGUACGGCAAUCGGGUUAUUUUCAAUCCAUCAUAAGAUCAGAGUUAAAUAUCACUCGAAUCGUCCAUUCAGAAGUGUGGCACACGAGAAACGAAUUGUUUGUCUAUCCGGAAGAUGCUCCCACAUCAACAGGAGAAACAUCCAAGAAGAUUAAGCCAAUUUUUCUAGUCUAUUAUUGCAACUCCAACGCCCGUUGUUCUAACUGGGGAGAGAGCCAGGAAGGCUUAACAUUUGUCUAUUCUCUAUCUCGCCUUGUGGAUCGCCAUUUUAAAAUGAUUAUGCCAAACCCUUGUAACCUCUCCCAGUAUUUCACUCCAAACAAAGUUCCAUGGGCGCCUCUGAAAGGUGAGUUGACGCCGCCGACAGAGAACAACACGAUAGACACGACGACGGAUCAAGGUAAGCGUGAUUUUAUUGCUAACAUUCAGGCAGGCGACUUUAACGUGAAAUAUCGUCACGACACCGUGUACAUCAGAGCUAAUCGGGAUCUUCAGGAUACGAUAUUUGGAGACACGUUUUACGCUAAGCGUAUCCAAGACUGGAAAGUGACGAUGAACGCCAGAAUCAGAUUUCAUCUGGCGUGGCACGAACUUAUGAGACCUUCCACAGAGAUGAUCAGCAGUCUGAAGCAUAUCCUCGGAGAGAGCUUCCUCAUAAGAAAAGGAUUGUUGCCGCCAUCGGAAAAUCCCCGUCGAGAUUCAAUGUACGACGUUGCGGACUCGCAACUCGUCUGUGCACACGUCCCCAAGCCUUUGCACACGGAAGAAGAAAAUGUUCAAACUGUAGACAUUAAGGCCCUUCACAAUUUCAUGUCGUCGAAAGGCCAGUUAGGCAGCAGCCAUUUCUUCAUCGCCACCGACGACAGAAAUAUUUUCGUACAGUCAAAACAUUUUUUCCAAAAUCAUCUAAUUGAUUACGGGGCUAAGACAUUGCACAAGUAUUACCUGCAGAACUCAAUGAGUGCAUGUGAUAGGCUGACUGACGUUGUUACUGACCAGAUGAUACUGUCCUUGUGUGAUGUACUUAUAGUAUCUCACAGUCUAGUUGGUAGGCUGGCAUACUUCAUGAGCAAUAUUACACAGUCUGUGUUUUUAAUAGACAACGGACACAUUAAGUCAUUGAACACGUAAACUUUGAAUUUAGCUACAAACUUGAACAAUUUUAAUAUCGAUAUAGUGUUUGAACAAUUGCAAUAUCGAUAUAGUACUUCAACUAUUUCAAUAUCGAAUAUUAUUUGUAAAACAUUCAAUAUUGUUUUAAGAUUUAAACAAUUUCAGUACUCAUAUACCAGUGAACAAUGACAAUUACAUUUCUAUUUAUUAUUUGUUUAAAUCCAACAAAUAGUUGAGGAAUUAAAAACAAACAAUGUCUUCCAGAGCAUGGUUGUUAGUUAUCAGUUAUGUGACUUUGGUUAUUUGGUUAAUGUGUGUGUGUGUUAACAAUCCUUAUAUUUCGUAUAUUCGAGUCUGUUCAAAAUAAAAUUAAUACACAGAUUUCCCGAAGAUCUGUGAUAUUUCAUUCUUUAAAAACUGGUCCCCAAUUGGAUCCGUAACGCUGUCAUCCCCUGUCCUAGUCUCUAAAAGAACGACUGAGUCUUUCAAGUAAAUCUCU